UCUUUUUCUUGUUUUCUUGUGAGGGUAUGGUAUAUUCAUUGUAUAUUGGUGUUAUAUUAGUUGUUUUGUUGAUUUUUUUUUCAUUAAAGCUUAACACUUUUCACAAUAGGAAUGUAAAAAAAAUAUUAAGUAAAAUAAAGUAUUGUGUGGUUGAGUAUAAAUUAUGAUCUGCAUCAAUUUUCUUUUUAUGCGUACAUUAGUGGGCUUACAAGAUAUACAGAUUGCUUUAAAUAAAUGCCAGCUGCAAUGACAAUCUGAAUUCCUCUGUUUUGACAAUCUUCCAGAGAAACCACCGUCCAAGCUAUUUUAACCUAUUUUUGUUUAAUACUAUGUAGUUUUUUUUUGUUUGUUUUUUGCAUGGCAUAUGCUUGCCAAAGUUGAUUUAUGCAACUCUUCAGGAAUAAAACCAGACCAAAAUAAUGUUAAAAAGGUUUGCAGAAGACAUGGAAGAACUGAAGAGGUCCCAAAUCUACUUUAUUGCAAUGAGGUAUGGGGUAAUGCUUGCAAAAGUUAUACUAAAAGAUUAAGCUAACUACAAAAUAAAGUUAUGAAAAUAAUAAUUUAUACAGCACCGAUAGAUACCCAUGAUCUUUUUGUUAAAUCUUAGUCCCUCAAAUUUCCAUAUCUUGUUCAGUUAGAGUUUAAGUCUAUGGUUUUGACCAUGUGGAAGAUCAAAAACAGUGAACACGAAACAUCGCGAGAUUUUAAUUGUGGCUGUGGGAAUGCCACGUCUGAGCAGCAGCAUCGACGCAGGCGGGAUCAUUAGCGUGUUUACACCCUGGAACAAAGAGUUAUCAAGACACCUGACGCGCAGACACAGCUGACACAACCCGAGGUGUAAAAUGGGCUUCAUCCGGUUCCUGGUGCUGACACUGGCCACAUGUGCAGUCCUACUGUUAGCAUUUCAUCCAGUCACUUCUCACAGCCACUCCCACGGGGAUCACGGACAUGCUCACUCACAUGGACACCAUCACCACCACCACCACGGUCAUGAUGGAGAGGACGACCACGGUCCGCAGGUGAAGAUGUUCCAUGGAGCAAGCAAAUGGAGUGCUGAGGCCAACCUUCCCGUGCAAGAAGAGGAGCAUCACGGACAUGCUCACUCUCACGAUCACGGACAUGCUCACUCUCACGAUCACGGACAUGCACACGCUCAUGAUCACGGACAUGCACACUCUCACGAUCACGGACACGCUCACUCUCACGAUCACGGACAUGCACACUCUCACGAUCACGGACAUGCUCAUGAUCAUGGACACGCUCACCAUGAAGAUAUUGUUCGGGUUUACAAGGAAGAGGCCGAACAGAGACACUCACAUGGAGCAGAGGGAGGAAAACGGGGACCCAGUGGAGAGAAGAGGGAUGUGGUGGAGCUGUGGACACAGGCUGUCGGAGCUACUCUGCUCAUCAGCGCUGCUCCUUUCCUCAUCCUGUUCCUCAUCCCGGUUCAGUCCAACAGCGACCAGCACCAGAACCUGCUCAAGGUUCUGCUCAGUUUUGCAUCCGGGGGGCUGCUGGGUGACGCAUUCCUCCACCUUAUUCCACAUGCACUUGAGCCUCACUCCCAUCAUGAAGACGAACAUCACGGACACUCACACGCUAGUGAAGACGACCACGGACAUUCCCACGGCGCCGCUCAUGGUCACAUGAUGUCCGUGGGCCUGUGGGUUCUCUGUGGCAUCAUCGCCUUCCUGGUCGUGGAAAAGUUUGUCCGGCUGUUGAAGGGCGAAGACGGGCAUUCCCACGGUCACUCCCACAGUCACUCUCGCGCUCCUGCCAAAGAAAAGCACAGUGAUGGGGAAGAAGAAAAAGAAAAGAAGAAGAAAGAUGACAAAGAUGCAAAGGUGUCAAAGAAAGAAGAGAAGAGCUCAGAUAUUAAGGUGUCGGGUUACCUGAACCUGGCAGCUGACUUCACGCACAACUUCACCGACGGCCUCGCCAUCGGAGCGUCAUUCCUGGUGAGUCCAGCAGUGGGUGCCAUCACCACAGUGACCAUCCUGCUGCACGAGGUCCCCCAUGAGAUCGGAGACUUCGCCAUUCUGGUGCAGUCUGGCUGCACUAAGAAGAAGGCCAUGUGUCUGCAGCUGCUGACUGCUUUGGGGGCGCUGGCAGGGACAGCUUGCUCCCUUAUGGCUGAAGGUGUGGGCGCCACGGCAACAGCCUGGAUCCUGCCCUUCACAGCUGGGGGGUUUAUUUACAUUGCCACAGUGACUGUGCUCCCCGAGCUGCUGGCAGGACGCUCCAGUUUUGGCCAGUCGCUCAUGGAGAUCCUGGCUCUGCUGUUCGGAGUGGAGAUGAUGGUUCUGAUCGCAGAGUACGAGUGAGACGCUCCAUGGACAAUUUCAGUUUCCUUCAUAGGUGUCUCUUUUUUAAGAUAUGAGGGGGAAAACAGUUCAUAGGCACUUCCUUAAUUCACUUUUUUUGUAUUUUUUAAAACUUGAAUCUUUUCAUUAAGGACGCACAUCAGAAGGGAAGGUUUUUUUUUUUUUCUCCUCCACGGCUUCGAUAAGCUGCAGUUUGACAUCAGCGAAAAAUGGGCCAAAACACUAGAUGUUCUCUGCUGCGUCAGACUGAUGGUUCUGUGAAAAGUCUGAGUUUCAGUUCAUAGUUUACAUUCCAGACAAAAAUAACUUUUGCUUUUGUAAAUGUGCUCCGAAAGGCUUCGUGUUUUUUGUUGAGAUUGUAAAAGGAUCAGCUGUUAUGACUCAAGCCUUCACAUGGCAACUUCUUUUAAACUUCCUGAAACAAUGAAAAUGCCUGCAGCUGUGCUGAACAUCCAAAUAAAUCAACGGUUAUCAGUUUCA